GAUAUACUGUCAAUUUAUAUACUCCUGCAGCCGUUGGAUUCAUUUUCUUUUCAUCGCUAGGCUAGGGUUUAAUUGCUACAAACAAAGCCACUUCAAGUUAGAGAACCACUUUCCAGAAAUCACAAGGCCCUGCAGUCUGUUUGGUUCUCAGGUUUUCGCUUGAUUAACGGCGACGAUGUUGCCGAGAUGCAGCAGAGCCGUGAGCUAUCUAUCUAGGGUUGCACUGCGGAAGGACAUUGCAGCUGCAAGAGGUUUGAGCGGUUUUUCAUGCCGGAGCUAUUCGCAAGUCGCUGCCGUGGAUACUGUCGCGGCGGGUUCGGCCGAGAAAAGCCAUACCAAUGCACCGCAGGUAAACUUGAAUAAGAUGUUUUGGUCUAAGCCCUGUUCAUUGUCUCUGGCCCCUGAUUCCCCUCUAAGGAUUGAAGAACCAAAGUAUGAGGGCAUCCGGCACAUUAUGCUCAAGCUGAUGCUGUUUUACAGUAAACAAAGCAAAUCCAUUCGAGGGGCAAAUCUGGUUUACCGCCGCAUCACAUCUCAAGUUGAUAAACCUGCUAUCUAUAAUGUAUUUAACUUGGAGAAAACCUUCAAAACCACGUUCUCUUUGCUUCUACUACACACGUGGCUGUUCUUACGACGUAUGAAACAAGAAGGAAAGGAAGGUGUUGAGUUUGGGCAAUACUUGUAUGAGAUCUACAAUCACGAUGUAGAGCUAAGAGUUUCCAAGGCUGGGGUUAACUUACUAUUGACUAGAUGGAUGAAGGAUUUGGAAAAAAUAUUUUAUGGAAAUAUUGUUGCUUAUGAUGCUGCGCUACUUCCAGAAUCUAAACAGUAUGAGUUGGAAAAUGUGCUGUGGAGAAAUGUCUUCUCUGAUGAUGGCUCGUCAAUACCAAAUGAUGCUGGACUACAUGCUGUUCAGGCUAUGUCAAGGUAUGUUCGCAGGGAAUCUGCUUGCCUUUCAUUAACAGAUAAAGAAGCUCUAUUUUCUGGGAACUUUGUGUUCACAUCAUUAGAGAAUCCCUCGGCUGAUUCGCCAAGUGGGCAGCAUGUAAGACGUUGAGAUGGGACAAUGGAGAGUUGGGGCUCAUUCAUAUACAACUAGAGAUAAUUUCCAGUGUCCAAUGGAGACACAAUAAAAAGGAAGCCUUGUGUGAUUUGAUAUGGAUUCUUUGUAAUUGUAUUUAAUUCAUUUGUAUAUAGUUAAAGAGUGAGAUGUUAUUGGGCACUUCACCUUGAUCUAUGGGUAUCUAAUUUGCCUUUUAGCUACUCCUAUUUCUGUUUGGUUCCAAUUUUGUAGGGAUUGGAUCUUAACAGCGAGCGAACGAGACAUUACCAAUUUGUCUGAUUUAAUUCGAAUGAUAUCUACAGUGGUUGUGUUC